AGAGUAAAUAUCGUCAGCAUCCCCAGUCGCUCAAGUACACAGCCGUGACAGACACACCCAGCCUCACUCAUGCAAAGCUCAGCAGCCAGAUUACAAACGAGCGCCUCUAUAAAGCAGCAGGAGAAGAUGUGAGACACCAGUACACCAUGACCCUGGGUCUGCCUGAGUUUGUCCGAGCGAAAACAAACGCGGCCAAUCUGAGUGACGCAAAAUACAAGGAGUCUUGGAGGAAUCUCCGUGCUCAAGGCUACAAGCUGACAAUAGAUGCUCUGCCCUUCCAGGCAGCUCGAGUCUCUGGAGACAUAGCCAGUGAUUUUCUCUACAGACAUGACUUUGUGAAGGAGCGAGGACGGCUGAUCGGGGCCCAGAGCGUGAGUGACGACCCCCGGCUCCAGCACUGCCAGCGGAUGGGCCAGCUGCAGAGCGAGCUUCAGUACAGGAGGCAGGCGGCGGGCAGCAGCGCCCAGUGCCACCUGCCCAUGGACAUGCUGCCGCUGGUCCACGCCAGGAAGGCCCAGGCCCUGGCCAGUGACCUCGACUACAGGACGCGCUGCCACGCGUUCACGGCGCUGCCCGAGGACUUGAAGAUGGCCUGGGCUAAGAAGGCUCAUGAGCUGCAGAGUGAGUUGCGCUACAAGUCGGACGUGAUGGGCAUGAAGGGUAUAGGAUGGCUGGCGCUGAGUUCCCCACAGAUGGAAAGUGCAAAGAAAGCCGGAGAGCUCAUCAGUGAGACCAAAUACCGUAAAAAACCAGACACCAUCAAGUUUACCACAGUGGUUGACUCCCCGGACCUAGUUCAUGCCAAGAACAGCUACAUGCAUUGCAAUGAGCGCCUGUACAGGUUGGGGGAUGCUGAAUCCCGACACAGGUACACCCUGGUGCCCGACCACCCCGAUUUCACCAGAGCCCGCCUCAACGCCCUGCAUCUGAGUGACAAAGUCUACAGACACUCCUGGGAGCAGACCCGGGCUGGCGGCUACGACUUCAGGCUGGAUGCCAUCCCAUUCCAGACAGCACGGGCAUCGAGGGAGAUCGCCAGUGACUUCCGGUACAAAGAGGCCUUCCUGCGGGACCGGGGCCUGCAGAUUGGGUACCGCAGCAUCCACGACGACCCAAGGAUGAAGCACUUCCUCAGCGUCGGCAGACUCCAGAGUGACAACGAGUACAAGAAGGACUUCGCCAAGAGUCGGUCCCAGUUCCACAGCCGCCCAGACCAGCCCGGCUUCCUCCAGGCCAAGAGGAGCCAGCAGCUGGCCAGCGACGUGCACUACAGGCAGCCCCUGCCCCAGCCCACCUGCGACCCGGAGCAGCUGGGCCUGAAACACGCGCAGAAGGCUCACCGGCUGCAGAGCGAUGUCAAGUACAAAUCUGACUUGAACCUGACCAGAGGUAUUGGCUGGACACCUCCUGGCUCCUACAAAGUGGAAAUGGCUCGGCGGGCUGCAGAACUGGCCAACGCGAGGGGCCUGGGUCUCCGAGGGGCUUAUGGGGUGCCGGAGGCUGUGGAGACCGGAGAUGAUCAGAGGGGGGUUGUAAACCCAGAUGCCACCGAGAUUCUGCACGUCAAAAGGAGGAAGGCCCCCCCGUUCUGAGUGGGCGGCAUCCACCCUUGGCUCUUGGGAGAGAAGCUGGAGAGGAAAUCUGCACGCCGGAGACAUGGCUUCAGUUGGAGCCAACUGUGAAAAUGGCGCCCCUGCCCUAGUCCUCCUUUAUUAAAAUAACAACUCCCUGAAAAA